AUGCAGGAGGCAGCGGGAGUCCUGAAGGAGGGCUUCCUCGUCAAGAGGGGACAUGUCGUUCGUAACUGGAAAGUGAGAUGGUUCGUUCUGCUUCAGGAUAAGCUGCUGUAUUACAAAAUUGAAGGAGGCAAGAAGGACCCUUCUCCAAAAGGCAGGAUUCUUUUGGAUGGAUGCACUAUUACUUGUCCAUGCCUGGAAUAUGAGAACAGACCGCUACUCAUCAAAUUAAAGACAAAGACCAACACAGACUAUUUCCUUGAAUGUUGCUCCAGGGAGGAGCGAGACUCUUGGGCUUUGGACAUCACUGGAGCUAUUCAUGCUGGUCACCCAGUACAGGUACAAGAGCUUCACAGAAUGAAGAACUCUUUCAAGCUGCUCGAGAACAUCAGCCUUCACCGCAUAGUGGAGAGAAUGUGUGACAGCAGUGCUGGAAUUAGGCUGACUCGCAAUUUGGAGCAAGGCAACAGAUACAAAGAGACCUUCACAGGUUCUGCCCUGGUGGACUGGCUCAUCUCCAACAGCUUUUCUGUGUCUCGAUUCGAGGCCGUCACCCUGGCAUCCAUGCUGAUGGAGGAGAACUUCCUCAGGCCCGUGGGCGCCCGCAGCACCGAGGCCACGCGCUACAGCGACCUCUCCGAGCAGUUCCUUGAUGACUCCACAGCUCUGUACAUGUUUGCUGAGAGCAGUAAAAAAAAUAUCAGUUCCAAGGAAGAGCUACAAUUUAACAUCUCUGAAUUGAGUGGAACAAUUGUGAAGCAAGGAUUCUUAGUUAAACAGGGACACAAGAGGAAAAACUGGAAGGUGAGGAGAUUUGUUUUGAGAGCUGAUCCUGCUUUUUUGCACUACUAUGACCCCACUAAGGAAGAAAACAGACCAGUAGGUGGAUUUUCUCUUCGUGGCUGCCUUGUCUCAGCACUGGAGGACAAUGGGGUCCCAGCAGGAGUGAAGGGAAAUGUGCAAGGCAACCUCUUCAAAAUCAUCACCAAAAAUGACACCCAUUAUUAUAUCCAGGCCAGCUCCAAAUCAGAGCGAGCAGAGUGGAUUGAGGCAAUCAAACCACUGACAUGAGCAAGGUGAACUCCAUGCCAAAUGGCAAGUCAUAUUUGUCAUCAAGUUUCCUGCUUUCAUUGUCUGGGAGUGUUAUUUUUCCCUUAGAUUGUCUAUUUUUGUUAUUUGUACUGCCAUAUUACCUAGCAAUUUCUGACAGACCAGGGUUCUAGGUGCCUAGAAGUCAUGUGGAUUCAGCAUAAUUCCUUAACAACUUACAGUCUAACCAAGA